AUGAAGGAGAGUGAGAAACACAAAUCGUGGACGUAUAAUCCCAUGACGGAUGGCGUCAAGUGGACAGAAUACUGUGGCGAAAGACUGGAAAAGAUCUGGAAUAGGAUACCCAACAUCCUUGGACACUUCCUGGCCACAGUGGCAAUCUUUGCUUUUGGCGCGACACUUAAAGGUGAAUGGAUUGUGAUCAUGGUGCAUUUCCUGCGGCAAAUGGGAAAGACGGUGUACACAGGGAACUUCGAGGCUCUGUCUGAUAUCGAGAAAAAUCUCCACCUGCAGAACUUGUUUUCCUUCUGGAUCUAUUCAGCGAUUGGAUCCUAUUCGAUGUACUUUGUUAUCGGGGGCUUCAUUCAUUGGUACUUUUACGUUAGGAGACGCCAUAAGGCUCACGAGUGGAAAAUACAACCCGAAAAAUUCCUCCCGCCCGAACUGGAACUGCAUGAAAUCUUCUGGGGAAGUCUCUCCUUGUUCAUUUGCUCAAUCAUUACGGGCACUCUGGCUUGCUAUGCCUCCAACGAUGGCCCUCUCUUGACCAUCUACUACAGAUGGGAUGAACAAGGCUGGUGGUGGCUGUUUCUGCAGAUUCCCGCUUACUUCAUAUACCAAGAUUACACCACAUAUUGGCUCCACAGGAUAUACCACUUUCCAUUUCUCUACAAGCGCUUCCACAAGCUCCACCACACUUACAAGCAGCCCACUGCCUUCUCCGUGACAGCCAUUCAUCCCGUGGAAAUUGUCCACAUCCAGAUCACCCUUCUCUUGCCCAUCUUUCUCAUCCCAAUUCACUGGGCCCCUUUCUAUGGAGUUGUUCUCUAUUCCUAUUACCAUGCCAUUCUGGAUCAUUCUGGAGUGGCCUUCAAAGCCCAAUGGUGGCAACCCUGGCAGCCAGACGCCAGCUUCCACGACAAUCAUCAUCAGUACUUCCACGUAAACUUCGGUUUCAAUAUUAAAUACUGGGACACACUGCAUGGCACCCAGAGAAGAAAGGAUCGCGUUUACACAGAAGACACCUUCUAUGGCGUGGGUAAGAACCUCAAAGAUGCCUCCAAGGAAGAGCUGAUCAACGACAUUCGAGAACGCCAAUCGGAAAAUCCUCUGGCGUACAGAGAUAACAAGAAUGAAUAUGUACUCACCAAAAAUGACCUGCAAAAUUAAGAAAUAAACACUAGAAAAGACAACUGGUUAUUUUUUUAAACCUCUCUCC